AUGGAUUCUACAGAUGGUAAAAACAUAGGAUUUGUUAAAAGACAGGAAUUGAUUAGUGAAAGUAAGGAAAUAGAAAUGAUUGGUCAUCUUCACGGUGACAUUUUUAACCAAGAUAAAUUUUUAAUUAAUGGUGUUGAAAUGAGUGUUAAAUUGGUUCGAUCAAGAGAGAGUUUUAAUUUAAUUGUUGGGUCAAACGAUGUAAAGUUUAAAGUUUGCAUUACGGACGCAACUCUUAUUGUUCGACGAGCACGAAUUAAUCCAAGUGUAUUACUCGCACAUCAAAAAGUUUUAGCUUCUACCACUGCUAAAUAUCCUAUUACUCGAGCUGAAGUAAAAGUUUUAACAAUUCCUUCGGGUGUUCAAGGAAAAACUCUUGAUAAUAUAUUUUUAGGACAGGUACCGAAAAGAUGUAUAAUUGGAUUUGUGAACAAUUCUGCAUUUAAUGGUUCCCUUACUAAAAAUCCAUUUAACUUUGAAAACUAUGGUAUUAAUUCUUUCAGCUUAUAUAUUGAUGGUCAACAAAUACCUUCAAAAGCUUUGCAACCAUCUUUUAAUAAUAGCAUAUUUACAUCAGCAUAUCAUACUCUAUUCUCGGGAACUGGUAUUCACUUUCUUAAUGAAGGAAAUGGAAUCUCUUGUGAACAGUAUGGCAAAGGUUACUGUCUAUUAGCAUUUGACUUAACUCCUGAUUUAUCAGCUAACUCAUCAACUCAUUGGAAUCUCAUAAAGCAUGGUAGUGUAAGAAUAGAAGUACGAUUUGAAUCCUCAUUAAUACAAACAAUUAACUGUAUAGUUUAUGCUGAGUUUGAUAAUAUUAUUGAGAUAGAUAAAAACAGAAAUGUUACUGUAGACUAUAGUAGUUAA